GUACACGGAAAAGAAAAAAUGCUUGCAGUGACAGGAUUAUUUUAACCAUAAUAUAGAUAUAGAUGGUUGAUACAAAUCCAACUUUUGUUCUGACUUGUGAGGAAAUUUAUUGGUUUCGACGUGAAGUCCAAAGCAAAUUUCCCUUAAUUUCACCGACUUGCCGUGACCUUAAUUUCGACAAAUUUCCCAAUGAGGAUGGACCUUCUAUCUACGUUGCCGGAUGAGUCUUUGUCGGAGAUUCUGCGGCGAACUUCCCCGGCGGAUGCCUCAAGAUUCGCUGUCAUUUCAAAAGGGUUUAAAUCCGCCGCUGACUCCGACACUGUUUGGGACAGAUUUCUGCCGGCAGAUUUGCCGGAGAUAGUGUCAGGAUCAGCAUCUACGGUGGUCUACGCCAACAAGAAAGAGCUUUACUUUAGUCUUUGCCACUCUCCGAUUCUUAUCGAUGCCGGAAAGUUGAGUUUUUCUCUCGAGAAAAAGAGUGGGAAAAAGUGCUACAUGGUGGGAGCAAGAGAGCUGGGAAUUAUCUGGUGUGGCGACACCCCAUGGUACUGGGACUUAAUACCCCAUCCAGAUUCAAGAUUCUCAGAGGUUGCUGUGUUGAAAUCUGUUUGGUGGCUUGAAAUCCGAGGCACCAUAGACACACGGAUGCUAUCCUCCAACACCAUCUACGGAGCUUAUCUGGUGUUCAAGCUGGAUGAUCGGAAUGCUCGCGGACUCGAAUCAGCAAACGCAUUUGUGAGAUUCACAAAUGAUAAAGUCGAUGGUCAUGAUGAGAGAGAAGCUAUCCUCAAUCACUUCGGGCACGAGAAUGCUCGCGACCGCCACGGCCAGACUGGAGAUGCGCCAGUGAGGAUAGGCGACGGCUUGACAGAGAUUGCGGCGGUGCACCUGCAACGGGCCAAUGGGUCGGAGCAGCAGAGUGGAAGAGUAGGUGUGCGGAGAGGUGAUGGAUGGAUGGAGGUGGAGUUGGGAAGCUUCUUUAAUGACCGAGGAGACGACGGCGCUGUGGAGACGUGGCUGUUGGGGAAGGACGGCUAUCAAGGGAAGUCCGGCCUCAUCGUUCAAGGCAUUGAGUUUAGGCCCAAGCCAUGAUCCCUUUCUGGAUUUUCGACUGCUUAGACUAUUUCCUUGGAAGUAUGCAUAUGUAUUGUUCAAUAUUUCAUAUCUCAAAUGAGUACCUAUUUGAAAAUAAUAUGAAUUUUAAGAAAUUGAUUGAAUAUCUAAGUGAAA